CGCGCAGAAACACCCGCCUGCGCGUGUGCUGUGUGCGGGCCGCGGCGCAGGGCUGUCGGCGACGGCGCCGGCCGCCGGGCGGCGGGGGUCCCAGUGCUGCUGGGGCCGAGUCUGUAGCUCGAGGCGUCCCUGAGCUGAGGACCAUGAACCGCAGUCGCCAGGUGACGUGCGUGGCCUGGGUCCGCUGCGGCGUGGCCAAAGAGACGCCGGACAAGGUAGAGCUUAGUAAAGAAGAAGUAAAACGUCUCAUUGCUGAAGCAAAGGAAAAAUUACAAGAAGAAGGUGGCAGUGAUGAAGAGGAGACAGGUGAUCCUUCAGAAGAUGGCAUGCAGAGUGCACGUACCCAGGCACGACCAAGGGAGCCCCUGGAAGAUGGUGACCCAGAGGACGACAGGACGCUGGAUGACGAUGAGUUGGCUGAGUACGACUUAGAUAAAUAUGAUGAGGAAGGCGACCCAGAUACUGAAACUCUUGGUGAAUCUCUCUUGGGUCUUACAGUCUAUGGAAGUAAUGAUCAAGAUCCUUAUGUUACUCUAAAAGAUACGGAACAAUAUGAACGUGAAGAUUUCUUGAUCAAGCCCAGCGACAAUCUCAUAGUGUGUGGCAGAGCUGAACAAGACCAGUGCAAUUUAGAGGUGCACGUUUAUAAUCAGGAAGAAGAUUCUUUUUAUGUGCAUCAUGAUAUACUACUGUCUGCGUAUCCUCUGAGUGUGGAAUGGCUGAAUUUUGAUCCUAGCCCAGAUGAUUCUACAGGAAAUUAUAUUGCUGUGGGAAAUAUGACCCCCGUUAUUGAAGUGUGGGACCUUGAUAUAGUAGACUCUUUAGAGCCAGUCUUCACACUUGGAAGUAAGCUAUCAAAAAAGAAGAAAAAGAAAGGAAAGAAGAGUUUCUCAGCAGAGGGGCAUACCGAUGCUGUCCUGGACCUUUCUUGGAAUAAGCUGAUCAGAAACGUGCUGGCAAGUGCAUCAGCUGAUAACACUGUAAUUUUGUGGGAUAUGUCCUUGGGGAAACCUGCAGCUAGCCUUGCCGUACACACAGACAAGGUCCAGACUCUGCAGUUUCAUCCAUUUGAAGCACAGACUCUGAUUUCUGGAUCCUAUGAUAAGUCAGUGGCUUUGUAUGACUGCCGAAGUCCAGAUGAAAGCCAUCGAAUGUGGCGAUUCAGUGGGCAGAUUGAGAGAGUGACUUGGAAUCACUUUUCACCUUGUCAUUUUUUGGCUAGUACAGAUGAUGGCUUUGUAUAUAACUUGGAUGCACGUUCAGAUAAGCCAAUUUUUACACUUAAUGCACACAAUGAUGAAAUCUCUGGUCUUGAUCUAAGUAGUCAAAUCAAGGGUUGUCUUGUGACAGCAUCAGCUGACAAAUAUGUGAAGAUCUGGGACAUAUUAGGAGACAGGCCAAGUCUGGUUCACUCUAGGGACAUGAAAAUGGGAGUUCUGUUCUGUUCUUCCUGUUGCCCCGAUUUGCCAUUUAUUUACGCCUUUGGAGGUCAGAAAGAAGGGCUUCGGGUCUGGGAUAUAAGCACAGUCUCAUCAGUAAAUGAAGCAUUUGGAAGACGAGAGAGGCUUGUUCUUGGCAAUACAAGAAGUUCAUCUAUUAGUGGCCCUUUUGGGAGCAGGAGCUCAGACACACCAAUGGAGUCUUAACGAGGAGUAUAAAAUUUCCUGUUUAUUACCUUAACUCAGUUUUAAAAAACUGAUCUAAAAACAUCCAUGUGUAGUUGGAGCCAUGUAAUGACAGAAACUAAAUUCAUUUCCUACUGCCAGACAUUCCUCUGCAGCUAUGGUGGCAACACAAAUAGGGCUGGUCUUUGUGCUUGCCUUUUAAAUGUUUGGUGUUUAGGGGUCCUACUGCAUUUCUUGAAGAGGAUAAUAAAGAAGAUUUUAAAAAAAUAA